GGCCGCCUGCCCUCCUCCCGGGGGCUCCCUGCCCGUGGGUCACAUGCGGGAGCGGGACUUAACCCCCAUCCCCAGUUCCCGGGGGUUGCGCCUUGGGCGCGGAGCAGCCGCUGUCCCCGGGGCAGAGCCCGCGGGGGGCCGCCGGCCGUGGGACGCUCCUGAGCCGCUAGCAGCCGGGGAGAGGGGCUGGGCCGGCUGGUGGGGGGGCUCGCGGAUCUCCCGGGGACACCCCCCCCCCCCAUGAGCGCCCCCGAGCGCGCAGCGGACGCCGAGCUGCAGCUGGAGGCGGUGAUCCAGAAGCUGGAGAGCAGCGUGCUGACCUCAGGGGAGGGGAAGAGUUUUACCAUUCGGAGCAGCUCUGAGGACGUGCCACCCACCCGCCUGCUUGCCCGGAUCCGAGAGAUCGUCGCUGAGAACCUGUCGGAGCAGGAGAGCCCAGCAGCCUGCCCUGGGGAGAUGUCGUCGCUGCUCUCCCUCCAGGAGGAGAACCGCAUCCUGCAGCAGGAGCUGUCCCGUGUUGAGGACCUGCUGGCGCAGAGCCGGGCCGAGCGCGAUGAGUUGGCCAUCAAAUACAACGCCAUCAGCGAGAGGCUAGAGGAGAGCUUGCGCCUGAAGGGGACGGACCCAGUGACCAAUGCUGACCUGGAGCAAGCCAUCAGCUGGAGUUGUCGGGGGUUGGGCACCAGCCGCUUAGAAGAGAUGGAUCUAAGGAGGAGGAACCAAAUGCUGGAGCAGGCCUUGCGGCUGGAGACCGGGGAGCGGGAGUCGCUGGAGAACAAGGGCCUGGCCCAGCAGAAUGUCGAGCUGCGGCGCCACCUGGAGGAGGAGCAGGCCGCCUACAAACGCAAGCUCCAGGCCUACCAGGAGGGGCAGCAGCGACAGGCGCAGCUCGUCCAGAAGCUGCAGGCGAAGGUUCUCCAGUACAAGAAGAAGUGUGGGGAGGUGGAACAGCAGCUGCUGGAGAAAUCAACUGAGCUGGAGCAGCAGAGACUCACGAGCCGGCUGGACAUGACGGACUCACGCCUGCGCCAGGAUGAAGAGCACAGCAAUGACCUGGAGAAUGCGCUCAUCCGGCUGGAGGAGGAGCAGCAAAGGAGCGCCAGCCUGGCCCAGGUCAACGCCAUGCUGCGGGAGCAGCUGGACCAGGCCAAUGCCGCCAACCAGGCCCUGAGCGAGGACAUCCGGAAGCUGACGACUGACUGGACCAAAGCGCGCAACGAGCUGGAGCAGCGGGAGGCGGAGUGGAGGCGAGAGGAGGAGUCAUUCAACACCUACUUCAGCAAUGAGCACAGCCGGCUGCUGACCCUCUGGAGACAGGUGGUGGGCUUCCGGCGCCACUUCAGUGAGAUGAAGACCAUGACUGAGAGGGACCUGUCGGAGCUGAACAACGAGCUGUCCAGGUCCGGCCGCACCAUCCACGCCGCCUGCCUGAACCUGAGCAGCAACCUGCGCCUGUCGGAGAGCAGCACCAGCGCGGCCCUGGAGAAGCAGGCUCUGUUGCUGGCCCAGCUGGAGGAGCAGCUGAAGGACAAGGUGCGCGACAUGAUCCAGCUGCAGGUCAGGUGUGACAUGGAGAAAGCGGAGCUCGGCACCAGUGUCGCUGAGAUGACGGCCACCGUGGAACGCUUGAAAGCCCAGAACUCGGAGAAGGAGAAGACGGUCGAGACGCUGACCCAGAAGCUGGAAAAUCUGGAGGCUGCACGGGUGCAGGAGCAGGCAGCGCUGGAGGCCGAGGAGAUUGAGGCCUUGCGGACGGAGUCGGAGAUGCUCCAGCAGACGCUGCGAGACCUUGCUCAGGCCGUCCUGUCCGACGCCGACAGUGCCAUGCACCUCACAGGCACGGAGCGAACGACGGACGUUUUGGACAGCGAUGCCACGGGAUUCAGCCUGCGGGGCCUCUCCUCCAGCCUCCGCACCCCGUCCCCGCUCCGGCGCUCCUCCCCCCGGCGCAGCUCCUCCCCACGGCGCAGCCUCUCGCCGGCCUUCUCCGACUCCACGCUGGCCGUGGUGCACUCCGCCCUGUGGAAGAGGCAGCUGCAGGUGCAGGACAUCCGCGGCAAGUACGAAGCCAUCCAGGAGCUGGUGGGCUCCCUGAAGAAGCAGCUGGCGGAAAGAGAUCACGAGCGACACUCCCUGGAGCAGAAGAUCCUGCAGCUGAAGGACGAUGUUGACUGCUCCUUGCGGGCCAAGGACGCCGCCGUGCGGGAUGCCAGCCGCUUCCGCUCCUCGGCUGACCUGCUGGGCAGUGAGAAGAGCAACCUGGAGCGAAGCCUGCAGGCCCUGCAGCAGCACGUGGAGGCCCUGCGGCAGGAGAGCGAGAGGCUGCAGCUGGCCAACAGCGACCUGCAGCGGCAGCGAGAACACCUGGAGGACGAGAAGGAGGACAUCGCGAAGGACAAGGAGCGGGCGCAGAAGGAGAUUGAGCGCGGCCACAAACAGCUGGAGCAGCUGGAAGUGAAGAAAUCCAGUCUGAAAAAGGAGCUGAUGCUUGUUAAGGAGGCUCUGAACAAAGCCACCCUGGAGAAGGAGGUGUCUGAGAAUGAGAAGGUGGAGAUGGCGGAGGCGCUUUCCAAGGCGGAGGCGAGCCGGGCCGAGCUGGAGCUGACCGCCAGCAAGCUGAAGGUGGAGGAGGCCUCGCUGCGCGACUCGCUGUCCAAGAUGAGCUCCCUGAACGAGGGGCUGGCCCAGGAUAAAACCGAACUCAACAGGAUCAUCAGCCAGCUGGAGGAGGAGAAGGGGGCCGUGUUGGGGCAGAAGCAGGAGGUGGAGCAGGAGAAGGCCUCGAUCCGCGACGAGCUGGUCCGGCUGGAGCAGGAGAAGCUGGAGCUGGACACGGAGAGGCAGGGGCUGGAGCACUCCCUGCAGGACGUGGAGCGGAGCCGGGACAGGCUGGAGCGGGAGCUGCUGGCCCUGCAGAAGGAGAGGGUGCAGCUGCAGGAGCAGCUGGGGCAGCUGUCCCGCCAGAGGAACGCGGCCAGCGAGGAGCUGGGGCAGGCCCGCCGGGAGCAGGAGCGGCUCAGCGAGGCCCUGCUGCGAGCCGCCAGGGAGAAGGAGGGGCUGAUGAAGGAGAAGGCCAGCCUGCUGGUGCAGCUGGCGGCGUCAGAGCGGGAGAACAGGGGGCUGGCGGAGGAGAUCGCUGGGCUCCGGUCGGAGAAGGAUGCCUUGGAGACCACCCUCUUUGACAUCCAGCAGCAGCGCACUCAGCUGGAUGCCCGGAAGGAGCAGCUGGAGGCCGACAGCCAGAACCUGCUCCUGGCCAAGGAGAUGCUGCAGGUGGAGCUGGCCAGCGCCCGCAAGCAGCGGGAGCUGGACGUGACCCGGCUGGAGAGGGAUAAGGAGCUGCUGGCUCAGAAGUUGGCUCAGAUGGAGCAGGAGGCCCAGGUCACGCUGAGAAACAAGCAGGUGGCUCACGAGGAGGACGUGGAUCGGCUCCAGAGGGAGAAGGAGACGGUGCGCCUGGAGUUGGAGUCGGAGCGGGAGGAGCUGCUGCACCGGCUGAGCCACGAGCGGGAGGAGCUGCUGGCCCGCUACGAGGCGGAGAAGGAGGAGCUGAGCGAGGAGAUCACCGCGCUGCAGCAGGAGCGGGACGAGAGCCUCCUGCAGGCGGAGAACGAGAAGCAGCAGGCCCUGUCUCUCAAGGAGUCGGAGAAGACCCUCCUGUCGGAGAAGCUGGCCUGCGCCCAGCACAGCCUCGCCGGCGUAACCGUAGAGAUGGAGCGGCAGAAGCGAGAGGCCAUCAGCCGGCAGGAGCAGGACCGGAGCACCAUCAACGCCCUGACCUCGGAGCUGAAGAGCUUGCAGGUGCAGUUGGAAGAAACCAUCGCGGCCCACGAGCGGGAGGCCCGGGGGCUGCAGGAGCAGGUCAAGGAGCUGGCCAGGCAGCGGGAAAGCACUCUUCGCGAGGUGGAGGAGCUGAAGACCCAGCUGCGCAUGGUGGAGGAUGCCCGGGACAGCAUCCGGCGGGACGUGAUCGAGGCCCACCGGAAAGUACGGGAGAGCCAGGAGGGCCACGAGGUCCAGAGGAAGGACAUCCUGGACCUGCGGCGCAGCCUGAGUGACGAGGCCAAGGAAAAGGAGGCGUUGCAUUGCUCCAACCAGGAGCUGCGGGCUGCCGUCAAGCGAGCGGAGAGCGACCGCAUCAGCCUGAAGCGGGCCAACGAGGAGAAGGAGCAGAAGCUGGCCACCCUGGAGGAGGCGCGGGCAGCCGUGGGCAAGGAAGCCGCCGACCUGAGGAGCAGCCUGCAGGAGGUGGAGCGAUCACGGCUGGAGGCCCGCAGGGAGCUGCAGGAGCUGAGGCGACAGAUCAAGAUGCUGGACAGCGAGAACGCCAAGAAGAACAAGGAGGUGGCAGAGCUGCAGGCCCGAGUGGCACUGGAUGAGCAGCGGGAGGAGGAGAGCCGGCGGGAAUCCUUCGGCCUCAAGCAGAAGAUCGUGGAGAGCGAAGCCAGCAGGGAGUUCGCCAGGAAGGAGCUCCACAACCUGCAGCGGAAGUUGUCGGAGCAGGAGGGCGAGUUCCGGGUGCGGGAGAAGGACCUCCUGGGCAGCCUGGAGGAGGCCCGCGGCAAUGAGAAGAAGCUGCUGGACAACGCCCGCAACCUGGAGAUCAAGCUGGAGAACGCGCUGGCCGAGGUGGCGGAGCUGAGCCUCCGGCUGAGCGCCGCCGAGGGCCGCGCCCACGGCCUGGAGGCUGAGCUGGCUCGAGUGGAGGGGUUGAAGCGGGCUGUGGAGUUCAAGCUGGGGAGCCUGCACUCUGCCCUGAGGCGCACCCUGGGCAUCAGCCGGGGAGGCCGGGCCCCCAGCCCAGCCAUCAGGGGGCGUAGCAGCUCCCCCAAAAGACUCUUCUCUCCUACCAAAGGUGACAACACGUACAGCACCAUGGACGGGCGCGGCAGCCCCACCCCACAGGCGGGCAGCCCCGAGCGCAGCCCCAGCUCGCGCCCUCUGUCUCCGGAGCGCGCCCUCUCGCCCGGUCGCAGCGAGCAGCUAGUGGCAGAUAUCGACCCUGAAGUGGUGCGGGCCGCCCUCCGGGACUUCCUGCAGGAGCUGCGGGAGACGCAGCGCGAGCGGGAUGACCUGCGGGCCCAGCUGGGCAGCCUGACCCGCCAGCUGGCCGAGAUGGAGUCGGAGCGGGAUAGUGCCAGCACCCGAGUGCAGCAGCUGCAGAAGCUAGUGACGGAAAGCCAGGAAGGGAGGCGCAGCGCGGACGGCAAGCUGAGCAGCGUCCAGACCGCCCUCCUGCUACAGGAGGAGACCCUCCGCCGCAAUGACCGGGAGCGCAAGGCAUUGAUGGACAAGGUGACGGCGCUGGAGCGGAGCCUGCAGUCGGCAGACAGCGACCGGCGAACCACCCAGGAGAAGAUCAGCAAGAUAAAAGCCAACGAGGCCAAGCUGGAGAACGACAAGCGGCGUCUGAAGGAGAUCCUGGAUGCCUCGGAGAGCCGCUGCACCAAGCUGGAGCUGCUGCGGCGCUCACUGGAGGGGGAGCUACAGAGGGUGAAGCUGGUGCUGAGUGACCGCGAGGUGGAGAUCCAAGUGCUGCAGGACCGUGGUGACACGCUGCAGAGACAGGUCACCGACAGCGAGAUGAAGGCCAACGGCCUGCAGCUGUCUGUGGAGCGACUGCACCUUACCCUGGCCAAGGCCGAGGAAGGCGAGAGCGCCCUGAAGGACAAGGUGCAGGGCCUGGCCCUGUCUCUGUCAGAGAGCAGCGCCAACGCCGGUGCCACCCAGGAGAAAGUGCUCCAGCUGCAGAAGGCACUGACCGCCAGCGAGCAUGACCGCCGAGUGCUGCAGGAGCGGCUGGACGCUGCCCGCCAGGCAGUCUCAGAAGCCAAGAAGCAGAACAGCGGGCUGGCCGACCGGGUCCAGGUGCUGAAAACCGAGCAGCUGGAGCUGGAGCUGCAGAAGGAGGAACUCGAAGGGCAGGUCCGGCAGCAGCAGGAGUUGCUGCGCCAGUGCCAGGAGAGCGAGAGUGCGACCCUGCGGAGUCUGCAGAAGCUGCAGGAGGACAAGCACCUGCUGCAGGAGCGGCUGGGCAGCUUGCAGCGGGCGCUGGCCCAGCUGGAGAGUGAGAAGCGGGAGGCGGAGCGCUCCUCCCUGCGGCUGGAGAAGGACAAGAUGGCCCUGAAGAAGACCCUGGACAAGGUGGAGCGCGAGAAGCUGAAGACGCACGAGGAUUCGGUGCGGCUGUCGGCGGAGAAGGGCCGGCUGGACCGCUCCCUCAACACGGUGGAGCAGGAGUUGGCGGAGGCUCAGCGGCAAAUCCAGCUGCUCGAGGAGAACCUAAGCAUGGUUAGAAGGACGAUAACAUGUUCCUGGGCUCAGGUAGCGGAGAUGGAGCAGACCCAGUCCCAGAGCCUGGUGGAGACAGCCACCCGCCACCGGCAGGAGCUGCAGCUGGAGAUCGAGCGGCUGCGCGGCUCCCAGCUGCAGGCAGAGCGCACGCUGGAGGCCAGGGAGCGAGCACACAGGCAACGUGUCAAGGGGCUGGAGGAGCAGAUCUCGACGCUGAAGGAUCAGCUGCAGCAGGAGCUGCGGCGGUGCCAGUCCCAUUACUCUCCCUCCUCCCUCCUCUCAGGGAACUAGGCUCCCUGCCACUCACUGGCGCCACUGUGACGAAGGAGCCUUCAGUGCUAAGCCCCCUCUGGUUUUAUGUUCCAGCCCUGCGGUGGGGAAAUUGGGUUUGUAUAGAGGGGGGAUGCCCCUGCCAUGGGGAUCACCCUCCCUAUACGGCCCCUUGGCUUCCUUGGGUGCUCAGCCCUAUACAAAAGACAAGCACGCACACACGUUCCCCUGAGCGUGCAUCGAGUCAUGGAAUUGGGUUGACAUGGAAUCGGGGAGCGUCUCAGAGCUGCUAAGUUGCCUUCUCCAUGAACGUAUCGUUAUUGAUACGCUAUGAAUGAAAAGUAGCUUGGUAAUCAGUGACAACCGUCAGCCUGGGUCUGAUUUUCAGCAGCGCUGAGCACCCCCAGCUCCAAAGUGCAGUCCAUUGGAGCUGGGGAUGCUCCGCGCCGGGAAAUCAGGCCCCCAGUGGCCUUGCUUAGAAGCCACCUUCAAUCCUUUUGUAGCAUCUUUCCAAUGGCAGGUGAAUUGUUACACUGAAUAGCAGCCCCCUUCCUUUUGAAGCGGGGAUAGAAGGUAACAUUGGCUAGUAUUCAGAGCAGGGGAGUGAGGACUCCUGGGUUCUACUUCUGACACUGACGCAUCGUAUGAUUGCCUCACUCUGUGCCUCAGUUUCCCCAUCUAAUGCAAGGCUAAUAAUACUGACCUCGUAGAGGAAUUCUGAGGCUUAACUAAUUAUCCGUGAUGUGCUUUGAGAUCUUCUGUUGGAAGGUGCUCUGCAAUGGGUUUAUUCGUAAGCAAUAUUAUUAAAUUUAAUAGAAACAGUGGCUUCUUUGUCCAGAGGGUCAUGUUGGGGGCUAACAUUUAAAAUGCAUCUCUGAAGAGGGGAGUGCAUUCGCAGGCCGACGAUUGAAUACCCCUAGGUGACUGGAGUCCAAACAUGGGCUCAGUCACCAGUAAAAUGGGUUUGCUGAUCUGUGUGGUCCCGCUAUUUCAUUAACCCUAAAAGGCCCCUUUAAGCAAAAAUAUAUUUUGGGGGUGGGUGGGGACAAAAAAAAAAAUCUACAACCAAGCUGAACUAGGUCCUUCAAAACCAGCAUUUACCUUCUCAGCAAGGACACUUCUGCUAUUCCACUUUUU